CCACCCUAUAAACUCAAGCCAGGUAACGAUGAUUUCAUGGAAAAUAGGAAUAUCGUUUACGGAAAAUCCAUCAAUUUCAAUCCGACAGUAACAUACAAGAUCCAGUUAAUCAAGUAUGAGUUGCCCAAUGAGUUGAGAAUAUUUUUUAAAAAGCCUAACAAGGAAGUCCUUAAACGACUUAACAUUCAGUUGAAUGCCAAUAAUUACAUUAAGUUCUUUGAAGAACUACUCUAUGCUGAAGAUCUAAAAUGUGCACUCGCGGAGAAGUGCCCAUCAGUGCUCCCUGGUGAUUAUAUCCUUGUUGCGAGAUGUGGGAUAAGAAAGCAGACGUGUACCAAGGGAUAUGUACGAGUUGAAAGCGAGGUUCGAUGUCCGAUUCACCUUAAAAUCGACGCAUCAAUGAGAAGGAUGCAUCAAACCGUCAGGAAUUCCAAAGUAGACUUUAGUCGUUUAUUCCCUCAGAACCAUCGAAAAUCCUCUGCAUAUGAAUUUGUGUCUCAAGACAUCAAAUUCUACACUACACUGAAUCCUUACCAAAGCCGUGCGGUUGUUGUGACUACUUGUAUCACCGCGGAAACUGUGUAUUUUCUUGGAGAAAAGAAGCUUUACACGCAUAUUUUUAUUGAUAAGGCAGGACAAGCAAUAGAACCGGAAAUCGUAACCAGAUCACAAAAUUAUUUUAGCAGAAGUACCCGAUCAUAUUCUGGGGUAGAAAAUCAAGAGAGCCAAUCCCCAUCUCGGUUCAAUGCUUACGAGGCCUGUUAUGUGUUAGAUAUUAUAGUAAAACUUCGGGAAGAAAACGUCAAAUUAGAAGAAAUUGGUACAGUGCAGAAAUUUCAAGGUCAAGAAGGGCGCGUGAUCAUUAUUUCAGCUGUUCGAACAGAAUCUGUUUCAUUCCUUGGGGAACCGAGACGGUUCUGCGUUGCUGUUACUCGAACAAAGACUCUUUAG